GCGGCGGCGGCUGUCGGCGUGCGGGAGCGAGCGGCAGCGGGCGGGCGGCGGGGCCGCGCCCGGCGAUGAGGCACGAAGCGCCCAUGCAGAUGGCAUCCGUUCAAGAUUCCAGAUAUGGCCAGAAAGAUACAUCUGACCAGAACUUUGAUUACAUGUUUAAACUGCUCAUUAUCGGCAACAGCAGUGUUGGAAAAACCUCCUUUUUGUUCCGAUAUGCUGAUGAUUCCUUUACAUCUGCAUUUGUAAGCACGGUUGGGAUCGACUUCAAAGUAAAAACAGUUUUCAAAAAUGAGAAAAGAAUUAAGCUACAGAUUUGGGACACAGCAGGCCAGGAAAGGUACAGAACAAUUACCACAGCUUACUACCGGGGUGCAAUGGGUUUCAUUUUAAUGUAUGACAUCACAAAUGAAGACUCUUUCAAUGCUGUGCAGGAUUGGUCAACUCAAAUCAAAACGUACUCUUGGGAUAAUGCCCAGGUUAUUUUGGUUGGCAACAAAUGUGACAUGGAGGAUGAGCGGGUAAUCUUCACUGAGAGGGGAAAACAUUUAGCAGAGCAACUUGGAUUUGAAUUUUUUGAAACAAGUGCCAAGGAGAACAUUAAUGUCAAGCAGACGUUUGAGCGACUUGUGGAUAUCAUCUGUGACAAAAUGUCAGAAAGUCUGGAGACAAAUCCCACCAUUGCUGCCAGCAACCAGAACACACAGCUAAAGGACACCCCUCCUCCACAGCAGCCCAACUGCAGCUGCUAA